AUGGCAAAAGCCAUGGCCGGGGACGCUGCCUUCGCUGCAGGCAUUUUAAAGGACUGCUUCGGCCGCGGUGGCGACUUCACCGUGAUGGUGGAACAGCCGCAGGCUGGCGAUAGCUGCGGGUCAGCGGUUAAGCGAGUGGAGUUCAGAGUGUGGUCUCUCUUGCUGACCAGAUGGUCUGCAGUUUUUGACACAAUGAUCAAUUCCGAGAGGUUUGUGGAGGGUCAAGCGUCGCAGGUAGUCAUUACAGACUUCUCCAGUGAAGCGGUGGAGAUCUUCCUUCGUUUUCUGUAUUCCGGGAUCGUAGAGGCCCCUGUUGAUACCCUGGUGGAAGUUUGUUCGAUGGCGGACAAGUACCAGGUCACAAGACUGCACGAGCUGUGCACGGAGGCAUUCGAGAAAGGCCUGAACCCGGAGAAUGCCUGCCAGCUCUUUUCCUGUGCCGACCGCUUCCAGCUGGCGGACCUGCGUAGAAUGGCACUGGAGAAGAUCUGGAUCAAUGCAAAGGUUGCGCUGAAAGAAUGCCCGAGCAUACACCCGGAGCUCUUGGAGGAGAUCCUAGCGCCCGGCCUCAUCUGCAUCUCUGACCCUGAUCUCAGGGUCAUCUUGCAACGUUGGUGCGGUGGCCGAAAACGUAAGGCCGGUGAAGAAGCGACAUUCUCUGGGCCUUCACUGCAGCCGAUCAUUGACAGACACUUGGAGCGCAUGACGGAUGCGGCUGCACGCAUGUCGGCCGCCUUUGCUGUAGAGGAAGACGCGGAGUUGACGCAAGUACUCUCAUACUACUCAGUGGAUGUAUUUCAAGAUAUGUUGAAUUCUGACCCUCUGCCUGUUUUGGGAUAUUGCUUGAACGUUUUUUUGGAUCGGAAGUGCGCGGAUUGGUUUUGUGAGCGUAACCCAGGUCCAUUGGAGGAGUAUGCCGGCAAUCAAAAACCCCUCUCAUUGAAUCAGGGCUCCAUUUCAUGGAUGCUUCCACACGACUCCGUUUAUCUUAUGGGCCUAUCCUUCGCCUUGGACAUGCCAGGGAAUGUCCGUUACAAGGUCUGUUGUUCAGAGGAUGGUGCGAGCUGGCAUCUUGCUGCAGAGUCACGACGGUCCAAGAUCCAAGCCAACACGGCAUUAUGCCUCAACCGGCCGCCUCACCUGGUUAAGUGGUUCAAGCUCGAGGUUCUGGAAGGCGACUUUCACAACAGUUUGCGUGUUCGCGGAUCCUUGUCCACUUUGGUCCAGCAGCCGGCGCCCAACUUCAAGCUUAUGGCGUGCAUGCCGGAUGACUCCUUCAAGGAGGUGGAGCUCGCCGGUUACCGAGGAAAGAAGUAUGUGGUGCUGUACACCUAUCCGGCCGACUUCACCUUCGUGUGCGCCAGCGAGCUGGUGGCAUUCUCCAAGUUGCAGAAGGAGUUCGACGAUCGAGGUGUCGAGGUGUUGGGCCUGUCCAUCGACACGGAGCACGUGCACAAGGCAUGGAAAAACACGCCGCAAGACAAGGGUGGAAUCGGGCCCAUCUCGCACCCGCUGCUGGCAGAUGUUAAGAAGGAGGUCAGCGAUGCCUAUGGGUGCCUGUUGGACAACGGUCUGGCAUUGAGGGCCGUGUACAUCAUCGAUAAGGAUGGCGUCGUGCGAUCCGAGAUGAAGAACGACCUCCCGCUGGGACGCAACGUCGAGGAAGUCCUCCGCAUCUUGGAUGCGCUGCAGUUCCACGAGAAGAGCGUGAAGGAUGGAAAUCCCAUGGUUUGCCCGGCGAUGUGGAAGAAGGGUGCCAAGGCUAUGAAGCCCACCACGGAGGGUGUGGCGGAGUACUUCAAGGGCAAGUGA